AUGUCCCCGCACCCCCAAGCAACAACUCACUCCCAUUCUCUCAAUGACCCAGAAAGCUUUUGGUCGCAUCACGCGACCAGGCUCCACUGGCACCGCAAGCCCUCACGUGCCCUAACACGGCAGACAAAGACGCUGCCAAGUGGCACUGAGCACGAGCAUUGGUCGUGGUUCGCCGACGGCGAGAUCUCUACGACCUACAAUUGCGUCGACCGACAUGUGAUUGCAGGCCAUGGCGAUAAUGUUGCCAUUGUCUGGGAAUCCCCCGUCUCCGGUGUAACAGAAAAGUAUACUUACGCUCGCUUGCUUGAUGAAGUUGAGGUUCUUGCUGGUGUGCUUAGAGAGGAAGGAGUGCAGAAGGGUGAUGUUGUUAUCAUCUACAUGCCAAUGAUCCCUGCGGCUCUGAUAGCCGCGCUAGCAAUAACCCGCCUGGGUGCAAUCCACGCCGCCGUGUUUGGGGGCUUCGCCUCGCAAGCUCUCGCGCAGCGCAUUGAGGCGGCGCGUCCUAAAGCAAUCAUGACGGCCUCGUGUGGAAUUGAAGGAUCCAAGGGGCCCAUUGCCUACCGACCGCUCGUUGAAGGCGCUAUCACGGCAAGUAGCUUCAAGCCGAGUAGGGUCAUUGUCUGGCAGCGCGAUCAAUUGCGUUGGGACCAGCCGGAUAAGCGCGGCGGGCAGCGAAAUUGGCAAAGACUCGUCAAGAGCGCACGGUCCCGUGGAGUCAAGGCCGAGCCCGUUCCCGUGAAAAGCACGGAUGCACUUUACAUCAUCUAUACCAGUGGCACCACCGGUCUGCCCAAGGGCGUCCUCCGUGAAGCAGGUGGCCAUGCCGUAGGCCUGGAACUCUCUGUAAAAUCCCUAUUCGGGAUCAAAGGCCCUGGUGACACGAUGUUCUGUGCCUCAGACAUAGGCUGGGUUGUCGGACAUUCAUACAUCCUCUAUGCGCCGCUGCUGGUUGGCGCCACAACCGUCCUGUUUGAAGGUAAGCCGGUCGGCACACCCGAUGCAGGGACAUUCUGGCGCAUUGUCGAGAAGCACAAAGUCAAUGCACUCUUUACAGCGCCGACUGCCCUGCGUGCCAUUCGGAAAGAUGACCCCGAAGAUCAGCUCAUUGGCGAUGCUGGAAAGCGCGGAGGACUGAAAUCCCUGCGCGCGCUUUUCCUUGCCGGCGAGCGUAGCGAGCCAAGUAUAGUUCGUGCAUACCAGGAUCUGCUUGGAAAAUAUGCGGCAGACGGUGCGCUGGUUAUUGAUAACUGGUGGUCAUCUGAAUCCGGCUCGCCGAUCUCGGGAGUUUCAUUGAAUGGGACUGCUGCUGUUGCUGGUCCGGCAUCAGGUCCAGAUUAUCCCCCGCUCGCUCCCCGCCCCGGAUCAGCAGGCUUUCCAAUGCCUGGAUUCGACGUACGCAUUGUCGAUGACGAAGGCAAUGAAGCUCCGCGCGGCACAAUGGGAAAUAUAGUUAUGGCGCCGCCUCUAGCACCAACGGCGUUCACGACUCUCUUCGAGGCUGACGAGCGGUUCUAUCGUGGGUACUUGCUGCGGUUCAACGGGCGCUGGAUUGAUACCGGUGAUGCGGGGAUGAUUGAUGAGGAUGGCUACGUGCAUAUUAUGUCGCGGAGCGACGAUAUCAUCAACGUUGCGGCGCAUCGGUUCAGUACUGGAUCCAUCGAGCAAGCAAUCCUCUCGCACCCUUCCAUCAGCGAAGCAAGCGUUGUCGGUAUUCCUGACCCGUUAAAGGGCCAUCUACCCUUCGCCUUUAUCCAACCAAAGGCCAUUGCGGGGGCGGGAGAAUCCGGGCCUCUUCCGGCAACACCCAGCCCAGAGUUGUUUGCCGAGGUCAAUGCGCUGGUGCGCGAGCAGAUCGGGGCUAUUGCGUCGCUUGGUGGGAUCAUCCAGGGUCGGGGGAUGAUCCCCAAGACACGGAGUGGAAAGACGCUUAGACGCGUUCUUCGGGAGCUUGUUGAGGUUGGAGUUCGAGGAGAUUAUACGGCAGAGGUUAGUGUUCCGCCUACAGUUGAAGACGCGGAUGUUAUCAUUGUUGCGAGAGCCAGGGUCAGGGAAUACUUUGAGGAGAAGAAAGAGGCCAAGAGAGCCGGUAAGGCGAAGCUUUAG